AUAUUUUUUGAAAAUAUUUUCUCAUAGAAAUGCCGAAAAAUAAAGGUGGUGGAGGAGGAGGAGGAGGUGGAAAAGGAGGAGCAAAGCCCAAGGGAAAGGGAAAGGGUGGGGCCUCUGGAGAUGAUGAUAGCGGUGGAGGAAAACAAAAGAAAGGAGGAACAACUGUCAAGGUUAGGCAUAUCUUAUGUGAGAAGCAUUCCAAGGUCAUGGAGGCUAUGGAGAAGAUAAAAGCAGGCGAAAGAUUCAAUUCGGUGGCAGAGAAAUACAGCGAAGAUAAAGCAAGACAAGGGGGUGACCUUGGAUGGAUGACGAGAGGUUCCAUGGUAGGACCGUUCCAAGACGCAGCGUUUGCUCUCCAGCCUAGCACCACUGAUAAACCCAUCUACACCGACCCUCCCGUCAAGACAAAGUUUGGUUAUCAUAUCAUCAUGAUAGAGGGAAAGAAAUAACACAAGGCUCUGUGCCCUGGCUUAGGGUGUUCAUGUACAUAUGUAUGUAGGCAGAACAAUGAGAAAUACAAUUAAUUGGUAAGGGGUAAGCAGUGGCGGAUCCAGGGGGGGGGGCACAUCCGGCCCG